CUUUCGAAUUCAGUCUUCGAGUUUCCAUCUGCCGCGCGACACACCCUUGGCCUUGGCGCAGAGCCGGGCGGACACCGCGGUACCCGCCAAUCUUCGGAAGAGACCAAUUCUUCGUGAGCCUUCAGCAAUCAGCAGCUUCCAAGUUCACGGUGACCAAUUCUUCUCGGCCCUCGGCGGAUCGACGCGGGAGCCAUGGGGAAAGGCAAUAAAGAUGACAGGCUCAGCGCGUUGCCGGAUGACAUUCUGGUCAACAUUCUUGACCGGCUCAAUGUGCGCGACGCUGCAAGAACCAGCGUCCUCUCAAGACGGUGGAGUCAGCUCUGCGCCAAGCUCUCUCGGCUUAUAAUAAGUGCUCUGGACUUCCUGCCCAAGGAUGUGUCACGCAGCAGUGCCAACAUCUCUGACGAUGAAUUGGUUCGGAUCAAUGCAGCCGUGGUUCAGGCAACAAAGAGCGUGCUGGCGCGCAGAAGUCCGGGUGAACACACCAUCGGCCUUCUGUCCAUGACGUUCCACUUGAUAGAUGAUAUCCCCAUAUCCGCCAUCGGGCACGCCGUUGGUCAUGCCAUGGCGACGCACCUAGUCAAGAAUGCCAAAUUUUGUGUUAGGACAAGGAAGGAUGAUGAUGAAGAACUGGUCAUCUGGGCGAGACGAUUCAUGUUGUUCUUUCAUGCUUCUCAAGUUGCGUUUGGUGGUCUCACUAGUCUCAACAUAGGAAAUUUGAGAUUUGGUGAAUCAGACAUAUCCAGCAUCCUCACCACUUGCAAGCGGCUGAAGCGUAUGCACUUGUACAAUUGUGACUCGGGUGAUUCUAGCACCCUGCAAGUUGAACACGCUAAUCUCAGUGAGCUCUGUAUCGUAUAUUGUGGUCUCGAGCAAGUUAAGCUGAACUGGCUCCCUCAGCUCACAAGCAUAGUCUUUGACGGUUGGAUAGAUUUCCAAGAUCCACUGGUUCUUGGUCAUGUUCCAUUGCUCGAGUCUGUAAGCCUCACAAAUGUUGCCCUUAGUUUCAACAAGAUGGUCAAGUUAAGUAGGUUUCUUGGCAGUGCCUCUCCACGAGUUCUGAAGUUGGGGUUUAGGUCCGAAAAGAUUUGGGUGCAGCCAGAAUGUCCAACGCAAGAUCUGGCAUCUGUGUUCCGCCAACUAAGGUUUGUGAACCUUGUUAAACUUCCUGAAGGGUAUGAUCUCACCUGGACAAUGUUUAUUCUUGAAGCUGCACCCUUACUGAAGGAGUUGUACAUGACAGUCUGGGAUGAUUUGUGUUCAAUGGAAAUGGAUGAGGAGAAGAGAAAAAAACAAUUGUAUAGUGAGAACAAGGGUGUAGAGUGGGGCUUGGCCGCAGCUGAUUUCCAUCACCACAGUUUGGUCACACUAGUCAUCUUUGGCUUUGAAUCUGAAGAUUAUGCUGUUGAUUAUGUCAGAUGUGUCAUGGUGGCGGCGGUCAAUCUAGAGGAUGUGUUCCUCUAUAGUAGGUUGGAGUUGGAGUGCGGCAACUGCCAGGACAAGAAGCCCACCAGGUUCGCCUGGACUAAAAGGCAGAAGAUUUCACUGAAGAAGAGAAUCACCGCGGGGAUUGAGUCGUUUGCCAUAAUCCACUCCAACAAGACGAUACGGGCUGACCAUAAAGCAAAAAUGCUUUACCCAAAGUGCACACACCUUGACACAACAAGUGGUUGAUUUAACAGUCAACUGUUUUAUCACUAUCAACAGUGGUUGCUUUGAACUUUUUGGAAGUGUUUGUUAGUACUUUGGUUAUUAGCGGUUCUCAUUUUAUUUUGGCCGUCUGAACUGUAUUAUCUGUUGUGUUAUGA